AUGAACGUCACUGUAGUCGGCGCAACUGGCGAAACUGGCCGCUCUAUCAUUGAUGGGCUGUUGAAUUCAUCCACCAACUUUAACGUCACUGCGAUUGUUCGACCUGCCUCAAUCAACAAGCCCGCGGUUCAAAAACUCAAGAGUCGCGGCGUUUCCAUCACUGUCGUCGAACUUGUCAAUGCCCACGAGGAGCUUGUAAAGGCUCUGACAGGCCAGGAUGUUGUCAUUGACGCCCUUGAGCCCUUUAAUGUUGAGCCUCACCUGGCGCUGGCAUCUGCCGCCAAAGACGCUGGAGUCAAACGUUAUGUUCCCAGUGCCUUUGGACCAAGCUGUCCUCCUACGGGCGUGAUGAUGAUUCGGGAACUUAAAGAGCGUGUGAUGAACCACAUCAAAAAGAUCUAUCUGCCGUACACCGUCAUCGAUGUCGGCAUGUGGUACCAGGCCGCCACACCACGCCUCCCUUCUGGCAAAAUUGACUACGCUCUCACGUAUUCGUCGGACCAUAUCGCCGAUGAUGGUCAGAGAGCCUCGAGUAUCACGGAUUUGAGGGAUAUUGGCAAAUAUGUGGCCAAGAUCAUCACAGAUGAGAGGACUCUUAACCAGUACGUGUUUGCGUACAACGAGGUAUGGACUCAGAACCAGAUCUGGGACCACCUUGAGAAGAUCAGUGGUGAAAAGAUUCCACGAAGCCCGGUGUCGAGAGAAGAGAUUGAAGCUACUGUUGCUGCCGCUCAGACCAAGUACGAUGGAAAAGACAGGUCGUUCCAGGAUAUUCUCGGGCUCGCCGUGCCUCAGUACUUUCGCAGCGAGUGGCACAGAGAGGACAAUAUCCCAGAGCGAGCCAAGUAUCUGGGCUACCUCACCGCAAAGGAUCUAUACCCAGAUCUCGAGUACACCAAGUUCGAGACAUACUUGGACGAGUUGAUCAAGGGUUCAGGAGUCCCAGUGUACGCCAAGAGUGAUUAG